AUGGCUAAAAAAAAUAACAAAUCGAAAAAGAAAUCCAAUAAAAAAACCAAAAAACCCACAAAUAUUAUUAAAACCAUUGACACCGUCAUACCAAUUUCUACUCCUGUAGGUUCAGUUCAUUUUGAUGAAUUUUUAAAAAUAUGCAAAGAACCAAAAUUAAUUCAAAAUAUAGUUGAACCUGCUAAAAAAACAAAUGAUUCAAAAAAAAGUAAAUCUAAGAAAUCUAAGAAAGCCAAGAAAGCCAAGAAACCUAAGAAACCUAAGAAACCUAAGAAAUCUAAGAAAUCUAAAAAAAAGGAGAAGAUAGGAAUUUCUAAGAUAAAAGUAGUUGUAAAACCAGAUGAUGUUCCUCCGUCACCACAACCGACAUUAUUUCCCUUGAUCAAGACAUUAUUACUUCCUUCCAAUGACGAUGCGAUUGACGAAAAUGCAUUAUUCUCAGAAUUCGUUGUUGGUAAACCUGAAACAUUAAUUUUAAAACAAUCGUCAAUUCGAGAAAUAACAGUAAUCGAACAACAGGCAAAUAACACUGUUGAUGAAAUAAAUAUCUUAGAAGAAAAAAUCAAGACUCUGAUGGAGAAACCUAAAUUGACCGAAUCUGAAACUAUUGAAUUGGAGAAUCAACAAUUUCUCGUUAUGGAGUUAUUAAAUGAUUUUGAAAACAACUUGGCAAAAAUUCGAGAUAUUUUUAAAAAUGACAAUUUGGAAAGCGCUAAUGAAACUGAUGCUGAUGUAGAAGAUACCAAAUGUCAAAUAACCGUUAAGUCUGAAUCACAACAUAAGUUACAGAAUGUAGAGAAAUGGUACGAAACCAAUGAUUUAUCAUACCUCCUAUCACCAAAUGCGUCAUUUGACAAAGGUGUUACCGUAUCAGAGGGCCUAUUAGUAAUAUUUGACGAAUUAAAAGACCAAAAAACAUCUCCGAAAACUAAUGCAAAACAAAACGACGUGUUCAAAAGACUUAAAACUAAAUUCAGUAUAUUAUUGCCUCCGCCGAAUUUGGAAAAUAACAAACAAUAUUUGACGUGGAUAGAUAAAAAACUUCACAAAGACCAUCAGGAUAUGUUGAAUGGUACCAAAAAUCUGAAGAUAUUUCAGUGUUGGAACGAACUAGAGCUUAAAUAUAAUAUUAUCAAUGCACUAAUUAUAUCUAUGAAGGACGCUAUUAAAUCAACAUCACCGUUUUAUUAUGCAAGUGAUUCUACGAAAUCGCAGUUUUUGGUUGAUCAAAGUAUUUUGGUACAAGCAUUGGAUGAAUUUAAACGAAAAACAAAGGAUACAUUUUUACGUGCUGGUUUAGAGAAAUACUGGACAAUAAAUCCUGAAACUAUAAGGCUUGGAGCCAGACCAUGUUUUGACGUUACGAUCUGCCAGCGAAAUACGGUCAUCGACAACCUCGUCCCAUUAGAUAAACGGAAAUUUUCAUUUUUACAACGUAAUUUAAUCAAAAUGAAUGAUGAAAAUUGUAAAGAAACAAUAAAAACAUCAAAUUCAAAAACCAGUGAAAUCGAAGUCGGAAAUACCAACUAUAACUAAUUUAUAAAUAGAUUAAGUUUUAAUUAAUGUAUUUUAUUAUCUUUAUAAAAUGUAUAUAAAAAAUACUUAAAUACAAAUCUCCAAUUUAAAAAAAGCUGACGUUUGAACUUUGAAACAAUAACUGACAUUACCAACUAUAAUAAAAAUUAGGAUAUGCAAGUAAUAUCUUUACUUAUAUUUACUAUUUUAUUUUAUAACCAGUUUCUUUCAUAAUUCCAGAUGAAAUAAUUUUUACAAACUGCAUAAAAGUUUUGUAUUUUAUUCAAACACAAUGAUAACUUUAUAAGUAGAUAAAUUGUGAUAUAUUUUAUUUGUUAUUUUAAAGGGGAAAGGGAUUUUGAAUGACAUCACUUAUACAUCCUAAAAUAUAUUAUAGUAUGUCAGCUAAUUUUUUCUAACUUGAAAAGUUAAUGUCAAUCUUUCUUAAAUUAGUGGUGUGCAUUUAAGUAUUAAUUUUCCAAUAAAAACAAUAUAAUCUAUAUAUAUUUAUAAAUUAUAUUUUCAAUUUUCGACAUUCGUUGUGAUCAGAUUACAUUGUAAAAAUAAAAAUAUCCGUUUACCAAAUGAAACGAAA